AUGCGCGCCGGCGGCUGGUGUGAUCGCGGAAUGCUGGAGCGGCCGGCGCGGGGAAGGUAUGGCGCAAGCCGCGUGCCGUCGACGAUCGCCCCUAUACGUGCUUCUCUUUCUCGCGCUCCUCGCCACAGCUCUCCUCCUCGUGCCCUUCCUCGCGAACCGCAACAAUCAGGCGAGGGCGGGGGACGUGACGAGAACGAGAGCGAGGCAGAGUCGGGAGGAGAGGGGGUGAGAAGAGGAGGGGAAGAGAGGGGAGGAGAAGGAGAGAGGGGAGAAGGGGAGAAGGAGUCCGAAGCAUCGAAGGGCCGAGGGGUGGUAGGCAAGAAGAGGGGAGGGGCGAAGAAUCAGAGUGGGAAUGAGGAGCGGGAAGGGGAGGAGCGGGAGCAAGAGGCUCGUCCAGUGUGGGCUGGUGACCAAGCAGCACGGCAACAGGUGCUCUCAAAGCCCCCCGGCAAGUGGCGCACGGCGCUCUGCCUGGUGGGCGGCGCGCGCGACUUCGAGCUCACCUGGCCGUCCAUCCUCACGCGCCUCCUCCCCACACUCCCCUCGCCAUCCCUCUUCCUCCACUCGCCCCUUGACGAAAACGCCUUCAAGCUCUGGAGCGCUGUAUGGGCCAAGAAGAAGUGGCUUGCAGGCGUGCGAGUGUUCGCGAGCACAUGGGUAAACGGCACGGAGUACGGUGGGGGGACGGUGCUACACGAUCAGUACUCCCCGCAGGGGGACCAGGGCAUGCUGCAGUACCUGCGCCUCGUCGAGGGCUGCGUGCCGCUCAUACAAGCGUAUGAAACGAGGCAUGCAAUGCGGUUCGACUGGGUGGUUCGGUCGCGCGUGGACACGUUUUGGGCGAAGCCUCCGCCUGUGCUGAGGGACUUUGAGGUGGAUAAGUACACGAUCCCCUGGGGCACGGACUGCAUGGGGCUGAAUGACCGGUUUGGCGCCGGCACGUGGGAGACCUCGGCGCCUGCUCUGCACCGCCUGAGCAUGCUGCAUGACCUGGGGAGACGGGGGUACAGGAACCUCAACUCGGAGAGCGGCUUCAAGGCGCAGUUGGAGGUGGCGAACGUGUCCCUGGGGCGGGCGGACCUGCCCUUCUGUGUGAUGAGCCGCCGCGUGUAUCCGCACAGCAUGAUGCCCGUCGCCGCCCUCUCCUCCUCCGCGCCGCUCAAUGGCGCCAAGUGCAGGCCCUGCGUGCCCUCACACACAGGCUACGAGACCGUGCACCGGCUGCAUUACUUUGCGCCCAUGUCACACAUCGGGCGGCCGCUGCGCAACCAGCGGCUGUACGGGCGAGGCAUCGACCUGUGCAACGAGCGCGAGCCGUGGGCCAGCAACUGGACGGCCGUCUUUGACGCGACGGUGGGCGAGAAGCUGGGCGCCAUGCGCCGCGCCAUCAUGGCUGUACAAGAGGACGUCAAGGAGUGCACGCGGAGCUUCGCUCAGAUGACUCGAGUGGCGGAGGCAUGGCAGGGGCCGGCAGCGGAGGCGAUGUGUGUGCGCAUGAGCCUGGGGCCCAUGGUCAAGGUGGGCGGCCUAGGCCGCUCCUUUCCCACCGCCCUGCAACCACUCAGCAACGCCAGCCAGGUGUUUGCGAUGAGUGAGGGUGCUGAUGAUACGGCAUGGGAAAGUGCAAUGGAGGAAUCGGUGUCAGGCCUGUCAGUGAAGCACCUGGGCCACCUCCCUGCCUCGCCCACAUCUCCCAUGGACAUUCUCAAGCUGUCCCUCACCGGGGCGCACCUAGCAUCGGUGCAGCAGUGGGUGGUCAAGCGCGCCCCCCCUCCCAUCUGCCAGCUCCUGCUCGCGUUCCCCGACGCUGCUGGCGGGGCGAGGCUGAGGGAGAAGUACGUGACAGGGCUGGCCAAGAUAGGGUUUCACCUGGCGGAGUGUGUGCAGGAGGAUCAGGCUCCUGUGGACCGCUGCUGCUUCUUCUCCUCCACACACUGUUUUUGA